AUUCUGAGGCUUAUAAUCCAACAUUACAAGAAAUUAAUAGUACUCAACAGAAAUAUGGUAUUUGUCAUGAAUUUAUAUUGGAUAAGCAAAGGAAUCAAGAAUUAGAAAUAGAAAUAGAAGAUGUUACUAAUAUUAAGAAUCCUAUAAUUAUUACACAAAAAGAAAGAUUGGCUGGAAGAGCUAAGAGUAUUGUUGAAGUACAAUAUCAACAUGCUAGGAAAAAGCGUUAUUUAUUAAAAUCUAAUGAAUCUGAUAAUACAAAUGAUAGUGUCAAGGAAAUUGAUAAGAGAAAAAUAUGUCAAAACUGUGGAAAUAAAGGACAUAAUAGGGUAACAUACAUGCAAAAUUAA